AUGAAUUGCCCUUCGCGCGUCAAUCCAGCGCAUAUGGAUGGCUGGAAUCAGAAUCCCGAUUCCCUGAACGCUGAUGCGACGACGAGGGCGGAUUUGGGCGAAAUGGCGAAUGCGAGACUGAGGCGGGAUAGUUCGGAGAUGGGGGAGCUGCAGCAACUACAGAUUGAGGAGGGGGGGAAGGAUAAUGAUAAUGAGGGGAACAAUAAUGGGAGCGAGGAGGGGAAGGGGGUGGGCGGGGCUGGGGUUACUGAGAACGGUACUCUGGCUGCUGCUGCAGAGGGUGGUGAUGGAGGACGGAAAGAUGGAGGUUUGGGGAAGAGACCAACACCGGCGAUGGUGAGAUUUGGGAAGAAGGCAUGGCAUAUUGGCGCGAAGUAUCUCAGUUUCAUCGGCCCGGGGUUCAUGGUUGCGGUGGCCUAUAUAGAUCCUGGUAACUAUGCUACGGACGUUGCUGCUGGAGCUUCCUAUAGAUUCAGGCUCCUCUUCAUCAUCCUCAUGUCCAACAUCUUCGCCAUCUUCCUCCAGUCGCUAUGCAUCAAGCUGGGCUCGGUCACGGGGAUGAAUCUCGCUGAGAAUUGUAGGGCUCAUCUUCCGCCUUGGCUGAAUUAUGUGCUCUACGCUUUUGCGGAGUCGGCGAUCAUUGCUACUGAUAUGGCGGAGGUCAUUGGCACUGCCAUUGCUCUUAACGUCCUUCUGAAGAUACCCCUGGUUGCUGGCUGUGCCAUUUCCAUCGUGGAUGUACUCAUAAUCUUGUUCUUUUACCGACCCUCUGGCUCGAUACGCGCUCUACGCGCCUUCGAAUUUUUUGUAAUGGCAUUGGUGCUCGGAGUGGUAAUAUGCUUCUGUUUCCAACUCAGCUUGAUCGAAAAUACGUCUGUCGGUGAAGUCUUCCGUGGCUACCUGCCAUCCUCAGCCAUCGUAGAAUCCCAAGGCUUAUUCCAGUCAUGCGGAAUCCUUGGUGCCACCGUCAUGCCACAUAGUCUCUAUCUCGGAUCUGGGAUCGUCCAAGCCCGCCUGCGCGACUUCGACAAAAAUGAAGGCAAUCUUUCCGACCUAGGAACCACCGAAUCUCACGACACCACUAGGGACGACCGCGAUACCGAAUUCGCUAAAUACCGCCCCUCUCUUGCCGCAAUUCGCUCCUGCAUGACCUACAGCAUCGUCGAGCUCGCCGUCUCACUGUUCACAUUCGCCCUCUUCGUCAACAGCGCCAUUCUCAUCGUCGCCGGCGCUUCUCUAUACAAUGUCGAUGGCUCAGACAACGCCGACCUCUUCACAAUCCACGACCUGCUCUCCAAAUCUCUCGCACCCGCCGCCGGCACCAUCUUCGCCCUCGCAUUGCUCCUCUCCGGCACCUCCGCCGGCAUCGUCUGCACCAUCGCCGGGCAAAUGGUCUCAGAAGGCCAGCUCAACUGGACCGUCAAGCCCUGGGUGCGCCGCCUCAUGACGCGCAGCAUCAGCAUCACGCCUAGCAUCAUCAUUGCAGGCGCGGUGGGGCGGCAUGGCUUGAGUCGGGCGCUGGAGGGCAGCCAGGUUGCGCUGAGUGUGAUUCUGCCCUUCACUAGUGCGCCGCUCAUUUGGUUCACGUGUCGCAGUCAGUAUAUGAAGGUUUCGGUGGGAGCGGGUGGGGUUGAUGAGGGGAGUGGGGAGGAUGCGGAGAGGGACAGUCCGCGGGAUGUGCAGAUGCGGAAUCAUUGGAUUACGGCCAGUUUUGCGGUGGUGAUUUGGGCGGUGAUUGUGGUUAUGAAUAUUGCGUUGCUUGUGCUUGUUGGUAAGGGGGUUGCGUAA